AUGUGCUAUGUGGGGAAGGCAACCAAGAUCUUCAUCUUCAUCGUGACAGUGGUGGUAGUGACUGGUCUGGUCUUGGGAUUUGGGCUACUCAGGCAUGCUAUUCAUCACAAGACCCACAAAUGUACACCUGAAUCUUGUCAACAAUCCACCAGCCCAGUAGUAUUCCCUCCGCCGCAGCCACCUGGUGAUAAUCCUAGCCUAAACGUCCCCAAUCCCAUAUCUCCACCACCACCGCCACCAACUAGCGAUAGUCCUAGCCAAAAUGUUCCUAAUCCAUCUGUAUCUCCUCCUCCUUCUCCUCUACUGCCUCCACCACCACCAGCAGUGUCUUUGCUGCCGCCUCCACCGCCUCCGCCGCCUCCGCCAACUGUGGUGCCGCCACCGGCAAUCAGUCCUCCUGGUCCGGUGUCCCCAGGUUGCACCGUAGUCCGCAACUCAUGGAAGUCUAUCAUCUCCGCGCAUGCGCAUGUGAACCAAGUGAAGGCACAAAAAUGUUAA